UCAGCCUGACAAGUUGCCACAAGCUGCUCAGAGUCACGGGAUAAGGUCUAGGCCACCCCUGAGAGGGGCUGAGGGCAAGAAAAGUGGCCACAGUGGAGGUCCCAGGGCACAGUCCAUCCUUGACUCCUGCUCCUGCCCCUCAAGGCUAGUACCUGGUCACACCCUUCAUAGAUGUCACCAGGGAGCUGGGACCUGCUGGAGCCAAGCCCCUGACCUGGCCUCAGGAAUGAGGGUGGAGGUAGAGUGCGGGCAUAUGGGUUUAGCUGCCUCCGGGUUCCAGAUAAGAGCAAAUGCAGGGCUGGGCACCAUUGAAUCCCAACCCAGACUGAAGACCAGACCAGACCAGACCCCCUGCAGCCCCAGCACAGAAGGCCCCUCCUCCGUGGCAGCCACAGAGGCUCAGAGAGGGCACAUGGCAGGUCCCCUGCUCCAGCCCCUGCUGCUCCUACUGCUGUCAUUCGCCCUGGGAUCUGCUGAAAAAGAAGGUCUCCAUCAUGACCAGGAUACCGGGGAGAGGAUCAUUAAUGGAGUUCCAUGUUCAAUAGGCUCCCAUCCCUGGCAGGUGGCCCUGUAUGACAACGAUGAGUUACAUUGUGCAGGCGUGCUGGUCCACCAGCAGUGGGUGCUCACCGUCGCCCACUGCCGCCUGAGUGAGUAUAUUGUGCAAAUGGGUAGUGAUCUUCUGGUUGAUGGAAAUGCCCAGAGGAUCAGGGCCACAGAGUCCUUCAUCCACCCCUGGUAUAUCAACGGCACCUAUUAUCAUGACAUCAUGUUGGUGAAGCUGCGCAGCCCGGCCACGCUCUCGCCCACUGUGAGCACAAUCGACCUACCGUCCAGCUGCAAAGGCCGUGGGACAAGCUGUACUGUGUCUGGCUGGGGCGUCACCACCGCGGAUGCAGGUGCCAAUAGGGAGGGUGGAGCUUGA